GGCACAAAUAAGGACUCAUCCAUCUUGCAAAAUCAUAAGACACUAUAAGUAGAUAUUAUAGUAUAGUAUUAUUAAGGAAUAGUUCUGAGGUUUUAAUUAAAGGAGCCAGCGCGGGACAUGGCACACUUUUGUGCCAAAGGAGAAGUGAUUUAAGACGCAGAAGCAGCAGUGCACGAGACCGGGUUUCAUGUCUGCAGUUUGCACGGUUUGUUUUACGGCAUGAUUCCAACAUUAGCUCUUGAGAAGGACAGCUACCCAUGGGAUGUUGGGCGACAAGGUUUAACCUGCACCUGAAAGCGCAUUCCAAAGUAUCCGUGUUUUUCACCAUGAUUAUUUUGGUCACUUAUGUGUUCUACUGUCUAGCCGGAUACUGCGAGUUAACCCCGAUUCCGCUGCACGAGCGCAGACUGACUUUAACCCAACUUCAUCAGGACCGCAACUCGUCCGACCAACCCGACUUUCUGGCACGCCUCAGCGAAGAAGAGACGAGACAUCUUUCCGGGGACGUUUCUAACCUCUCGGUAUCCGACAGUUUCGGUAGUAAAGAGUUUCCCCAGGCCAUCAUUAUCGGCGUGAAAAAGGGUGGCACGCGCGCGCUGCUCGAGUUCCUGCGCGUGCAUCCAGACGUGCGAGCUGUGGGCGCAGAGCCGCACUUCUUCGACAGGUUCUAUGAUAAAGGACUCGAGUGGUACAGAAACCUCAUGCCCCGUACUCUGGAGGGACAGAUCACCAUGGAAAAGACCCCCAGUUACUUCGUGACACGAGAAGCCCCUCGUCGUAUCUUUACCAUGAACCACAACACUAAACUGAUCGUUGUUGUGCGGGACCCGGUCACUCGAGCUGUAUCUGAUUACACACAGACUCUCUCCAAGAACCCCGGGCUUCCCUCCUUCCAGAACCUGGUCUUCAAAAACUCCAGCACGGGCCUCAUUGAUACAUCAUGGAGCGCCGUGCGUAUCGGAAUCUACUCCAAGCACCUGGAGAACUGGCUGCGGUACUUUCCUCUCUCGCGCUUGCUGUUCGUGAGCGGGGAGAGGCUCGUAACAGACCCAGCGAGCGAGAUGGAGCGAGUGCAGGACUUUCUGGGCUUGAAGAGGCUCGUCACCAACAAGCACUUCUACUUCAACCAGACUAAAGGCUUCCCCUGUUUAAAGAAGCCCGAGGGGAGCAGCAGGCCGAGGUGUCUUGGCAAAUCAAAAGGCAGAGCUCAUCCUCACAUACCAUCUUAUGUGUUGUACAAGCUCAGGGACUUUUACAGACCUUUCAAUAUGAAGUUUUAUCAGAUGACAGGCCAGGAUUUUGGCUGGAAAUAAAAGAAAAGUUAACCAGAUCACAAUGGUUAAGACUCCAAGGAUUGCCACUGAUACUGGUGGACCUUUAAGCGAGGUCCUUCAAUCCCACAUGUUUCAGGGGUUGUACAGUAUAAGAGCUGACUGUGAGCACUGAAGCCCCAGAAAGGACAUCAGAAUGGACAAAAAGCUAACAAAUUUCCCCUGGGAAUGCUUAAGGUAUGAAUAUUAAAGUACUGGGUGUAGGAACCUAUUCCUGUUCGAUUCAGUGAUUAUUUUUAUUGGUCAACACCAUCCCAAAAGCUACUCUUUUUUUUAUUUAUCUUUUUUUUUUUAAUGAUGACAUGUUGUUAUUCCAGUAUAAACAGUCAAAAUGGUUGUACUUAGUAAUCACCUGACUUGUAUUAGAAGCAGGAGACAAUUUUUACUAUUUUGACAGUUCCUUUUUUUUUUUUUUUUUUAAAGAAAAACAAAUAAAUAAAUAAAUGUUAACAAUCACCAAUCACCCACUCAGCCUUUCAUCUCAGCCGUGAACACCGGAACCAUUUUCUUCCCAAAUCUUUAGAAAGAACGAUGAACUCAUACGUGUAGUAGCGCACUAGCUUAUCCUUUCCUGACACCAUUGAACAUGGAGUUAUUCAGGUUGCAUUUCAAUUUAAGAAUGAAAUUUCAUUGUGUCUAAUGAUUAUUGUACAACAUGAUGUUUGGGGAGAUCUCUUUGGUACCUAGAGGACAAUACUAGCAGAUAAUAUUUUUCUACUUUGUAGAAGUGUUGCAACCUGGAAUUGAAAUGAUUUAAAAUGGGUUUGUAUGUCAUGAAUCUUAACAGAUCACAAUUGUGUGUGUUUGGGAGGAAAUCACGGUGGUGGUAGCAUCGUGUUGAAAGUUUCCCCCUAGUUCUUUGUUGCUUCGUGAGUUAAUGCCCUCCUUAAUUGUAUCUACAGGAGGAUUGCUUUCUCUAGGCAGAGCCAUGGUUGUGCUGUGUUUUAUUAGUUGUUUUUUUUUUCUGAAAAAUUGACAGAGUGCAUAUUCUAAUUAAAAACAAACCUCAAUGUUAUGUUCAGAGUUUGGAAUUUUUUCAUACCCGAGCACUGUCUGAUAUUUCCAGUACGUUGUUGACUUGUUUUGAUAAUCUUCAUGAUACUGUUGGUUCAGUUACUGUAUGUUCUCUGAGAAACUCUGGGGUUGAGCACGAGCAGGUGUAUGAACUGUAGAUCAUGAGACACUUUAAUUGCACACAGGUCAGCUCAGGUCAAAUAACUGUAAAUAAUAUACAAUCACUAAAAACUUUCUGCCACUUAAAUAUUAUGGGCUGCUUCAUGUGUAGUCUAUUAUUUUAUUUCCAUGUUCCACUGUUAUACACUAUAUCAUGUGGAAUUGUGUGUGUGUGUGUGUGUGUGUGUGUGUGUGUGUGUGUGAAUACUUACGCUAACCACUGUAGGUCAGAAACUAAAAUGUACCUCCUAUACUGUAGGUCACAAUUUAACAUGGUCUCAUGAUUGUGAACUUUUAAUGGGAUUAAAAAGUGAAAAUAAAAAAAAACUCUAUAACUUUUUUUUUUAAACCAACCAUCAAUCAACAGCUUGUUAAUCAUGAUAUAAAAGCUAUACAUGAAGAAAUGCCCUCAAAUCAUUCUCUUUAAAGGUUUAAUACAUAAAAAGACACCACUUUAGUAUCUCUAAAUGAGUGAAAGCAUAUUUUACUGAACUUCUGCAUUGCUCUGAGAGUUGUGUUCAUUUCACUAAUGCAUGGCACAGACAGAUUUUUUUUUUCUACAGGCCUUACGAAGAAGUGGACAAAUCCAUUUUGCUGCUAUUCAAAGUUUAAUAUUUGUUAAUGUUUAAAUAAUCGAAUGUCCGCCAUUUAAUGGCUCUCGAGCACUCAACCACACCCUAGAUUUUAUUGCGUUAAAUGUACCAUUAUUCCAUUUUUGCCAUUAGUACGUCUCUAAACGUGAUUCUGCAGUCUUUCUCCAAAGAGUACACAAAUACAUAGUCAUAGGGCAAAAAUAUAUCAGAUGAACGAGUCUUAUGAUGAUCUUAAAAGAACAAUAAAUGCCAUGUUUGCAUUUUAUUUGGCAGCAGAUUUAAAGCAUCAGAAACAAACAAUUUGUCUUUUUUUUUUUUUAUCGUUAUAUCCCAUUUUA